CGGGGACGAAAAAUAAAAAAAAAAGAUUCGAGAGACGGCGAAGUCGAGUUUUUUUUUAUGUGUGCCAGCCAAGAGGUCGACGACGAACAGUAAAGAAAACUUUUCUCGCUAUUGUUACGCCUCGGAAGUUUAAUGUGUGUGCAUUCGGAACGGGAUUCCCGCCGGUCCGUUGGUUGAAUUCCGGUUACAUUAUUGAAUUGUGUAAUACGACAAACAGAAAAGAAAAUCGGCGGCGGCGGAAAAAUUCGCGACUCGCGACGACGACGACAAAAAGGUGUUGGAAAGGGGGAAGGUGCGACGGCGCGGUUAAAAAAGAUGUCUUCUGUCCUGAUACAUGAUGCCUCCUCAGCAGCAGCCCCAAUCGCAGCGACCGUGUUGGAUUUCCCGGCAUCAGGAAGUCCCCAUCAGGGUUGCCAUGAGAAGGACAUUUCGUACUGGCAGCGCUCCCUGGAAGUGCUCUCCCAGAAAGUGAUUGUUGGCGAUACGGUUUGUGUUGUGAAGAGGGAAAAGAAGAACCAGGAAGCAGAAGUGCUGCAGGUGGAUCAGGUAAUUCUCGGUGGCGACAGUCAGAAGCAGCAGGAAAUCUCGGCCGGGGACGAGUCGCAGCAGGCUUCCAUUCCGGUUGAGGCCAUUGCCGAAGCUUGCUGUAUCGUCGAUGCCUACUGCGAUGGCAAUGCCCACUGCUGCGACGAGGAAGAUGGCGAUGCAAAUGACACUUCGGAAGAACAACAACAACAGCAGCAGCAGCAGAUUCAGAAUCACGACAGCAAUCUCUUCCGGCUGAGUUGCUGCUGUGGGGCCUGCUUCAACUACCGGGAAACCAUCAUCCAGCUGUUCGUGGAGGAUUUUGAGUAUAAUACCCUGUGGGAGCGACUGCAGCUGCUGAUCAAAAAGUUCUACGACUUUAUUCCGGAGCAAAAUGAUUCGCUCCUCUACAGCCGCUACAUGGAGCUGAUGGAGAAAUCGUCCCUCAAGUGGCUAACGGACGGUCGGAUCAACACCAAGAAGAACAUUCAAAUCUCGCUCGGUUCGAACUUGCCGCUGUCGAACGAGAUGACGUUCAUCUUGGUGUUCAGCAUGCUCUACACUCGCGAUCCGCACCAGCUGUUCGAACUACUCUGCCUACAGCUGCGAUCGAUCGUGAAGGCCUACAGCCAGGGACUGCAGGAUCUCAUCCAGGAAACCUGCGACGGCGAACUGCAGUACAACCCGACGGAGCUGCUCAAUUAUAUCCUCGACGGUUAUGACAAGCUGUGUCACUCGGCCAAGGCAUUGUCUCCACUGCUGUUCGAGCUGCAGCGUGGCCAUCUGCAGCAAUUCUCGUUAACCUGGUGUUUGAUCAACAAGCGCAUGUACCAGCGGUUUGUGUAUCUCGAGGUGCAACGGAUUAUUCCGGAGUGCAUACUGAAGCUCAAGGAGCUGCUCUUCGACGAGGAAUACAAAACGAUGGUCUACCGGUUUAUCCAGUUUGACGACGAGAUGAACUCGACGUCGCAGAUAUGGCGCGACGUGUGGUCCCUGUUGCAUGACUACCACAAGGCGAAGGAGGAUUCGGCCCGGAGGAAGCGCAUCAGUUCGGCCCACUCGCUGCUGGUGGCCGUCCGGGAGUCCGACUUCAACUUCGAUCCGGAGGUGCUGCGCCAGAAGGAACGGCCCAUCGUCGAAUGGUUGGCCCUGGAGGACCGCAAUCUGGUGUGGCAGUACGUGGUGCACUGUCUAAAAACGAAGUGGAUCACCUGCACCAAUCCCCGGAUGACGGCCACCAUCGAGAACAUCCAGUGUCGGAAGUGUAACUUUGCCCUGGCAACGCACUAUGUUGAAUGCAACUGCUGCACGUGUCUAAUCGCCGGCGGAACCUGUUUGGGCAAAUCCAAGGAGCAACUGUACUGCGCCAAGUGUUCGUUCUUCAAAAAGCUAGACCGAGACUAUCUGGACUACAUUGGGGAGUUUUUCAACAAUCCGCUAAAAGAACUGCAGGCCCUCGAGAGGGAACACAUGAACGGAAUGACCAACUCGUCCCAGUCCGGCGGCUCGUCGUCCAGUUCCAUAACGGAAAUCGCGUUACCAGACUCGUCCGAAGCGGAUCAGCAGCAGUCAGCCGAACGGGGUGCUUCCUCAUCGCCGGUGAAGGACGAGGACAACUCAAGCUCAACGGUGGUGGCCACAAGCAAUGCAUUGGCGGAUAAUACUAGUCUCUACCAUAUCUCGUGGGCCAUCUUCAAGCACCUGCCGGAUCGAGUGGCGUACACUUGGACAACGCUCGAACCCAAACGGUUUUGCAUCUUCCAAAGCGAACCAUGCAAGAUCAAUGCAUGCCGGGUUGCGAUCAAUAUCAUCGCCAUGCUCUAUCCCUUGAACCUUUCGAAGUUUCUCAUCAAGUCGUACCGCCCCCUAAAGGAGGAGGAACGCAAGAACAUGGCCGAGAAUUGGAACAUCGAUGUCAAGAACUUUAUGCAGAGGUUUUGCGAUGACAUCAACAAACGCUGGCGAACGGAAGUGGCCGAUCGGAUCCAUCCGUUGCAUUUCCUCGAUCUACUCUGGGAGUCGGACGAUUCCGAAUCGGCUCUGCUCAGUGAUAUGGCGUCCGCUUUCGCCGAGUGGUUUCUAAUAGAUUUCCAGUUUCCGCAACGCAAUGUCAUCUAUCAGUAUUUCACCAAGUUCUUCUUGGCGAAGGGUACCGACAUUGAGUUCGACAUGAAGUGCUUCGAAAGCGUUUCCGGCUCUAGGUUAUUCAACUGGAGCACACCGGCAUCUCCGCUCAGGCAACUCAUAGCCAACGACAUGCAAACCAAACUGCUGGGCGUCAAUUGGAGUUCCAUACUGCCAGAGGAAGCGCUGGCGGUGAUCAACGGCGACGAUCUUUCGGCAAAGACCAAGCUGGAAGGGGUCACCACGGCCGGUGGAGUUCUGGUGGCCACGGCUACCGGCACCGCUACCAGUGCCAGUUCGGCAGCAAUGGCCGCAGCGGUCAUUGAACCGAUCGUCAAGCUUUGCAGUGACGAUGGCGGCAUCUGCAAGGACUGCAAGGAGUGCUUCACCGAUACCGUCACCAAGUCGGAGAUUUUCGAAAAGGAAAUCAAGAAGCCGUUGGUCGAGGCGCUGAAACUGGCGGCGAGUAACAAAAUACUCGAAACGGAACUCAAGACGCUUCAGAAGGAGCACAGCAUGCUAAAGGAUAUGGUGCGAGAUUUGGAGCAAAUACACGAGCAGAAGCACAGCAACGCAACUCAGCAGUGCGGCAAUGGAAACAGUAGUACCAGUAGCAACAGUAAUAGCAACACUAGCAACAGCAACGGUAACAGCAGCAGCAACACUAAUAGCAACAGCAGUAAAUCGACGAAUGGCGCUGCCAAGAGUAGCGGUAAUGGAAGCAGCAGCAGCAGCAAUACAAGCUCCGAAAACGGGAACAGCGCUCCAUCCAAGAGUGCAGCAUCUUCCGGAACUUCGGCGACGGCAUCAUCGGGUUCGGGCGUUCAGGCAAGCAAAAUCGGUGCGGCCGCUAGUCCUGCCAAGGCCAUGCUGAACCAAGCAACCAAUACGCCCUCCAAGAUGGUCCCGAAAGGGAACCCUUCCACGGGGAUAACCUCGCAGCAACCGACGGGUAAGAUGGUAACUAAAGCUACCAGCGUGACGCCGAAACCCGGAACAGGGACGGGGACAGCUUCUGGACCGUCGGCCACCACUCCGGGUAAGGUUAGUUCUAAGUCUACCAGUACGCAUCCUAGCACGGUGCCAGCCGGAACUGGGGCAGGCUCAUCUCCGACGGCAACGGCUGCGGCAGCGGGGAACGCGACACCGUCGACCAGUACCAGCAAUGCUGCCGCCGGUCAGCAUCUCAUCCAGUCGAAGGAGGAGCACAAGAAGACGUGCCAUCGGGGGGCCAACGGUGGCGAGAAGGGAGACGGUUCCUGUGUGUGCUACUAUUGCACACUGUUCGGACAGAGUGUUUGUUUGGAAUGCAACCACAACCAGCGAACGAACGAAACGCGCGAUCGAUUGCGAAAAAAAAUCAAACAACUACAGAGCAACAAGGACAACCAGCAGCUUAAGUCGUUGAAUCUGAAGAACAUCAAGAUUCCACACGGUGGGCUGCUGAAGAAAAUCAACACCAAUAAGAGCAACUCAACGAAUGCAGUGACGAACAGCAGCAACAAUAAUAACAACAGCAGCAACAACAACAGUAGUACCAGCAGUUCUACUACUAGCAGUAACAAUGCAACUCAUCCGGCGUCGGCGAGUAAGGAAUCGUCAUCGGGAGGCCUCGCAUCGAAAAUGGAAGCCUUGAAGAUCAGCAACAAUAAGACAACGACGGCAACAGCUGGUCUUGCCACGGCAACCAAAGCCCCCGUAGUGACGAAGCCUCCCGCCAACAAGAUGAACAUUGCAGCAGCACCAGCCAAACCGCCAGAGAUGGCCAUCAGUGCCCGAGAAGUACCCCAGGUUCCACAGCCAGUGGUGCAGCCAACUUUAAGGCCUAGCGUCAACAAUACCCCGUUCACGAAGGUACCUCCCAAACCGGUGGAGGAAACGCUGGACGCCCUGGUGCGCUACAUUGAAGGUGACUACGACGAUGACAAGCAAAAGGACAACAAGAAGACAGCGAAGAAGGUCAAACAAAAAAGCAAAAAGCAAGAGCUCAAAAAGAUCACCGAGCUGGGAGAGCUCAAACAAAAGUUCUCCGAGCUAAAAGAAGAGGACAAACGGGCCCAGAAUCGGUUACAAUUCCAACAGAAUCUUAAGAAAAAAGACAAGAAGCAACUGCUAGAGGAUAUCAAGGCCUAUGAAGCGAAAAAACUUCAACUCCAGACGGAUAUCAACAGCCUGGUGUCGAGUAUAAAAACCAACAAUCCAGAAUUUAGCUUCAAAAUGGACGAAAGUUCGAGCGAGAAAAAGAACGCCAAGGAUAAGCCGGAAACGGGGAAGAAGUCUGCUCCAACGCCACUGGAGACAACUCAGCAGCUUCCUCCCAAGCUUCAGCAGAACAUCAAUCUACUACAGCAACAGAAGCAGAGGCAACAGCAACAGCUUCUCCAGCAGCAUCAGCAACAGCAGCAACAACCGAAGAUGAUGAUGCCGCAGGACAACGUCAGUAUCGACCCGGCGCGAAGGAUGGUCACCAUCAAACGAACCUUCUUGCCCCAUUCGGAGCCACAGGUGACCGUCACGGCAAAAGGUCCAUCACCCGACCAGGAUCAACUGUUGUACACCUUCAUCAAUGGUCAACUCGUUUCGCCGGACUCACCUUCCGGUCAAGCUCCCACCAAACAGCAGAUUCAGAACCACUUGGAUCAGCUGACCAUGAAAAUGGCCGCCGGCGAUAUCAAGCAGCUGAACGAUCUUAUCUCCAAAAGUCAAUUCUCGAGCGAUACGGACGUCUGGAUCACCGAAAAGCUGCUCAGGCUUAGCCUUCGGGAGCAGUCGCAGAACCAGCAGGCGCAGUCAAUGCGUGAAAUCGACGAACUGAUGCAGAAAAUACAGCAUCAAACGACGGGCGGUGCGACGUUGGACAAAAAGAAGAAGGAAGACAUCAUCUCGCUGAUCGGGAGGAUGUCCGAGCGGUUGGGCCAGGUUCGGAAUAAAGGGAAGAACUCCAUGAGCGAAGCUCAGGCAAAGGCCGCCUCGCAGAUGCUUCAGAAAAUGACGAAAAAACUUGAGCAGGACUAUGCGGCGAUGUGCGGCGAAGAGAGCAAAAAGAAGAAAAAGAAGAACAAGAAAAAGGACAAGCUGGCGGACGAGAUUGACGAAAUCGAUGAAAUCGUUGCAAAGCUGGACGGAUUGGACGUUGGAAGCAGUGGGAAGAAAGGUGAAUCGAAGAAGCUGCUGCCGGAAAAAGCACUGGGGAAGGUGCUGAACAGAAAGUUGAGUAAGGACUCGAUCAGUUCCAGCGGCAGUUCGCAGAAAGCCAAAGAAGGAAAGGAGAAGGUUGUCAAGGAGAAAGGUAAGACGGAGGAGAAGGAUAAGGAAAAAGACAAGGACAAGGAAAAAGACAAGGAAAAGCCCAAGAAGCUACCAGAGAAGGAGAAGGAAAAGGAAAAGGAAAGGAAGAAGAAGUUGGUGCGGAAGAAGAGUGAGGCCUACAUCGAUCCGGAGUUCGACAACAAUGCAUUCAAAUUGUUGAACUUGGAGGAUACCGAAUCGGAUGAGGAAGAGGUGGAAGUUGAGGAAGAACUGGAGGAACCGAAGCAAAGCGAAAUUGCCGUUCCGGAGCGGACGCCUUCGCCGGUGCCAGUGCCUGUUCCUCCCAAAGUGGAGGAACCUCCAAGGCCACCAACGCCACCUACUCCCGUUCCGGUCCCAGUCAACACUUCUGCCAACAAGAAACUCAACAAAAAGAAAAACGAAAAGGCUAAGGAACAGUCCACUGCUCCCGCGGUUACACCGGCCAAAGAAGUCAAACAGACCAGGAGCAAGCAGGAACAUGCAGCUCCUCAGCCAACGACGGUUCCACCGCAAAAACCUUCUAAAAUUACCAACAAUGCUUCCAAUGUGCAACCUCACGUCUCCAAGAACGACACCAGCAGCAGCAAGAAGCCCUCCGGUAGUGUUCAUCAACCCGAAAAACCUUCCCUCGAUAACUCCAACCUUUCCAAACGCCAGAAGAAACUGCUCAUGAAGCAACAGGAGCAGUCCAAAUCCCCGCAACAAUCCCAGCAGCAGAAGAAGCAACAAUCGCAUCAGCAGACUCCACCGCCCCAGGCAAACCAAAGGCACGUCGACAAAGCCAUGAAGAACGCCGACCGACUGUCGAAGGCACCCAACGAACGUCGAUCCAAGGUCAACAUCAGCGCCGACACGACGCUGGAACUGAUCAAUGAUUCGAAUGCACCGUCGAUGUCUUCUAAGCCGGCCACCCAGCCCAAAAUCCCUAACACCUUCCCACCGGGCGACACUUCCUUCGGGGCCAGCAUUAUGGACCAGCUGAGCCGAGGAAUCCGAGUGGAGGGACUUCAACUGCCACCGGGUAUUACGCUGACGCGAGUGGACGCUGCCCAAGCGGAAGCCAUCAAGGCCAAGCGAGAGUCGAUAAAGAAGAUUUGCGAACCGAUGCAAACCGUUCAGCCGCCGGAACCUCCGCCAAUGAUGAUGCCACCGCCACCGAUGAUGAUGGGCUCGUCCGGAAUGUACAUGAUGAACCCCAUGAUGGCCAAUGCGGCUGCUCCUCCGAUGAUGAUGAACUCCGCUCCCGGUCAGGACUCCGUCAUUAUGGUCGAUACCAAUAAGCUGAAGGGCUCAUCCGGGGAUGGCGAAAAGAAACCCAGCAAGAAGAAAAAUCGCAAAAAUAAGAACAAGAGCAAAAGCGACACAUCGAAGGAUGGCAGCCAGCAGAAGUCCGACGGUAAACAGAAGAACCAGAAAGGUGGCAACAACAACAUUGUUACCCUACGGAAUCCGAUGUUCCAAGGCGGACAGGCCAGGCCACCUCCGGCGGCCGAUCCGGUAGCUAAUCGCCAUCCGCUAGGGUACGAUCAACGGGCGACGAUUUUCAAAAAUGACAACGGCAUGUUCACCAUUCGCAAUCCGGCACUGCAUCAGGCCCUGGCCGGCGGAGUUCCUCCGUCGACUAGCGGAUUCAGACCGUUCAAUACCAACUACCUGGUGGAGAAUGGAAUAGUCCCGCCGCAAGUGUCCGGUGCACCCAGCAGCGUCACCACGGCCAACUACCUGCAGCAACAGCAGACGGCCAAGGAAAUGGGCCUGCUGGGGGAGGGACCGUCGCACGUUGGAACGCCCUUCUCGGCUACAAUUGAACCGCCACGGAAGUGCAACUCUGCCAUUGGCAGCGAGAUGAAGAAUGCCCAAAAACAGAAGCAACAACAGCAGCAACAGCAUCAUCUCCAGCAUCACCAUCAAACGUCCUGGCAGCAUCUGAACGGAGUGGGACCACCGGUGGACGGCAGCGGAAUCGGCGGUAGUUUAUACAGUCCCCUAUCGGCUGUAGGCGGCUCCAGUCAACCGCAGCGAUGUUAUUCUCCGUUUGAAAGUCUUCAGUAUGGGCUGAGUGGUAGCCAAGAGUAUGGUGGCAAUUCGCCUAGUGCUUCUACCAGUUACUUCCCGAUUAGCUCACCAUCCACGGUCAGUGCAAUUGGAUCUGAACGGUCACAAGCGAGGGCACAGGCAGCAGCCGCAAUGUCAGCAGGAACGGAACACAGCUGCAGGAGGUUAUUUGGAGGAACCAGUUCCUCCGUUAGUGUAGGCUCCUGCGGUGGUGGCCCUUGUUGUGACGACUCUCCCGGCGGUCCCUUCUACGAUGGAUUGGGCGCGGGUUCAUCUUCAGCGAAUCAUAAAUACGAUGAUUUGUCCUUCCUACAGAACCUGCAGCCCGGUCAACGCUUGAACAGUGAGGUAACCAUACACAACAUCAACGAGUCAAAAUUUUUGCGCCAACAGAAUCAAAACCUCUCCAACGACAUUGAAAUCACGCGGAUACCGGGCCCGGGCAGUUCCAUGUCCGCUCCCGGCUUUGGCCACCCAACGCAGGCGACCCAUCCGUUGCUGAUGUCUCCGGCGGGAUCCACCAUAAGCAGUGAGGCGGCCGUCGGUGGAGUGGCGUCCAAUGCCGGAACCGCUUCUAGCAGUGUCACCGGUGGCGAUGCCAGCAAUUUGCUUGCCCUGAACGACAUCGAGACCAGUUUGUUCUUGCAAAAGUACCAACAACAGCAGAUGCACCUGCACCAACAGCUGCAGCAGCAAAUGCAGCAACUGAAGCUGCAGCCUAUCAGCAGGCAGCAGCAACAGCAACUACUCGGAGAAUACGGAGAGAACAUAUUCGCGCCCAAUCAGAUGGUCAACCUCAACGAGCUGGAAUCGGAAGAGCGCGACAUUGAGUCGUUCAAGCGUUUCAACUACUAUUUCGACCCGCCGAAAACGAAGCCCAAGAUCAAUUUGAACGUGAAAGACAUAGUGGUGGCGAACAAGAAGUCUCCAGUUCCCAGUUCCACCGGCAGUUGCAAUGCCGAUGGAUCCAACAAUGGCAGCGGCGGCGGUGGAAGUCGAAGUAGCAGUAGCAGCGUCAGUAACGACAACAAUCCCGGCGGAGUCAGCAUUGGCGAGGAUAUUCAACCGAUUCGUCCGCAGGCUCCGAUUGGGACGCCCUCGCAGAAGGGACUCCACCAGCAACAAACGACUCCGAUGUCGUCGGUGGGGACGGGUGUCUCCACCAUGCUCUAUCCGGCCACCUCCGACAGUCCGGCAUCUUCGGCGUCGAUCUUCGACGGCAUCUCUUCGUCGAUGAGUAGCCACGCCCACUCGUGCGAUGACCUGUACAACGACCUGCUCAGUUCGACCGGUAAUCUCAGUUUGAAUUUGAACCUUAACCUAACACAGCUGCAGCAAUCCAACUCGGAUCCGAUCGCCUACGAUAGUGUCGGGUUUGGAGCGGUGGGGAGCACUGGGGGACCCCACAGCCUCGGAAGUGUCGGGAGCUCUUCGAGUGUGUCCGCAACUGGUAAACCUUCGUCAGCUGAGCUAGCCCAGAGCAUCAUUAGCAAUUGAACGCUGCCGCGUGGUGAAGACGUAGUCUGAGGUGGUAAACAUAGUCCUGUGUCCGUUCCUAGCGAUCCGAGGUAUAACCAAUAGAGUAGAUCAUAUUGCCGGUUGCAAUUUGCCUUCAUACAGCAAGAAGUGCCAUAGAACUCCCAGAAAAACCAUUGCCAACACCCAGUUAAUUAGCAAAGCACACACACACAUAUGAAUAGGACGGAUUCGCAGGGAUUUGAGGGACAAACUUGUGGCGACCUAUAGGACUACACUAAAUUACGCAUAUUUUGACUGCCACUAGGUGGAAUCUCCGCCAGUUAAGGGUCAUCCUGAUAAUGUCACACACGAGAAAUUGCUGCCAUUUUUUUCCAUUAGUAUUUGAGGCCGGGAACCUUCGUUGGUGAUAUUAUCGGAGAAGUGACCACACACUUUGAAUUGAAAUUUGAACUUGUAACCUCUCCACAUUGCUUCCAGAUGCCUCAAUUCGUGAUCGAAGCUGUAGAAAACAGAAAAGGACUUUGA